CGCCGCACUGAGGGCAGCGAACAUUCAAAACGCUCUGGGGUCGCUGGAUAAAACCCAAAACAAAAAACCUCUAGCCAUACCUCAUAUUACAAAAUUACCACCGGUCAAAGGAUUUUUCCCGCUUUAGCUGAGAAGAUAUGUUCAGACGGGUGGUGCGGCAGAGUAAGUUCCGACAUGUGUUCGGCCAGGCAGUAAAGAACGACCAGUGCUAUGAUGACAUCAGGGUGUCUCGGGUCACAUGGGACAGCGCCUUCUGCGCAGUCAACCCCAAAUUCGUCGCCAUAAUCGUAGAGGCCAGUGGCGGUGGAGCUUUCCUUGUUCUGCCCCUUCACAAGACGGGUCGUAUAGACAAGGCCUACCCUACGGUAUGUGGACACACCGGGCCAGUGUUGGAUAUCGAUUGGUGCCCCCACAACGACCAGGUCAUUGCCAGUGGGUCGGAGGACUGCACCAUCAUGGUGUGGCAGAUUCCUGAGAAUGGGCUGGUGACCUCCAUGUCAGAACCUGUGGUGGUGCUGGAGGGUCAUUCCAAAAGAGUGGGCAUCAUUACCUGGCAUCCUACUGCCCGCAAUAUUCUCCUCAGUGCAGGUUGUGAUAACAUGAUUAUGAUCUGGAACGUGGGUACGGGUGAGGCUCUGAUCACUCUGGAGGACAUGCACCCGGAUGUGAUCUACAGUGCCUGCUGGAACCGCAGUGGCAGCCUCAUCUGCACCGCCUGCAAGGACAAGAAGGUUCGAGUCAUCGACCCACGCAAGGAGGAGAUCAUAGCGGAGAAGGAUAAAGCCCAUGAAGGAGCAAGGCCCAUGAGAGCCAUCUUUCUCUCCGAUGGAAAUGUUUUCACCACUGGCUUCAGCCGCAUGAGCGAGAGACAGCUUGCACUCUGGAACCCACAAAACAUGGAGGAGCCCAUCUCGGUCCACGAGAUGGAUACCAGUAAUGGCGUCCUCCUGCCCUUCUAUGACCCCGACACCAAUGUAGUCUACCUGUGUGGAAAGGGCGACAGCAGCAUCCGUUAUUUUGAGAUCACGGAUGAGGCUCCCUAUGUGCAUUACCUCAACACUUUCACCACCAAGGAGCCUCAGAGGGGCAUGGGCUACAUGACGAAGAGGGGCCUGGAUGUCAACAAGUGUGAAAUUGCCAGAUUUUACAAGCUACAUGAGCGGAAGUGCGAGCCUAUCAUCAUGACUGUGCCAAGAAAAUCUGACCUAUUCCAGGAUGACCUGUAUCCAGACACGGCUGGUCCCGACCCUGCUCUGGAGGCCGAGGAAUGGUUUGAGGGCAAGAACGGCGAGCCCAUCUUGAUCUCGCUCAAACAUGGCUACAUUCCUGGCAAGAACCGUGACCUCAAAGUGGUCAAGAAGAACAUUCUGGAUAACAAGCCCAAGAUGAGCAAGAAUACAGAGAACACCAAUCCUGCCACCAAAACAGCCACCUCAGCCCCAUCUAUUAAAGGUGAAGCGAAGCUGGAUGAGGUGCUAAAAGAAAUCAAAUCUCUCCGAGAGCUGGUCAGCAGUCAGGAAAAGCGAAUCGCCAAACUCGAGGAGCAGUUGUCCCAGAUGGACAUCUAAAGGACCCAAAUCCCCUUCCACCCAGCAACUGAUCAGGAUGUUCCUUUGGCCAGGUGGGCGGGACCCGUCACUGCCAAUCACCACGACAGCGUUCCGUCUGAAGCCUGCCUAGCAACGAUCCCGACCAACAUUCCAAGAUGAACUUUUUUUUUUUUUUUUUUUUAAAUCCCAUUUCUAACCACCAAACUCAUUAUGUCUGCAAAAUGAGAGAGAGAGGGAGAGAGACAAAGCAUAGGUCUCUCACCAAAUUCAUGAAUUCAACCUUACUCCAAAUCCCUCAGUGGCACUUGUUUUAUUGGGUAUUCUUUUUUCCAAAGGUCUUAAUAGUGUUUAUUUUUCUUAUGGUCAGACAUUGUGACCAAGGUUCUAGUGAUGCAUUCACAUACUUUGUGAUGUGCUACAAUGUUGAAAUAGCAUCAGUAUUGCAUUCCUCCCUCUUCCUCCUUUCCCCUCUUCUUUGUUGCCAAAUUUAUUUUUUUUUAUUAUUUUUUUUUUAGAGGAGAUGUGUAUGCACCUCCUUGACAGUAUUUCACCUUAGCUUUUUGUUGUCUUACUCAGACUUUGUACUAAUAAGGGACAAUGCAAUAGGCCGGUAAUGCAAUGGAGGGGGAACUAUUUAAGUCAUAUAUUACAGUGGACAAAAAAAGUAAACUUUUCAAGCUGAUUUUAACCAACCAGUUGGAGCGAAUGUACAGAUCAACAGAGUAAAACAGCAUCCACCUACUGAAAGAGUCUUAAAUCUUAUGUUUAGUUUGAUCAAUAUUCAGGUGCCCAUUUAAAACUUCUUUUGAUCGUUCUUUGUACUGAAAUGUUUUGUAUCAGCGGAUGAUUCACCACUCUGGUUCUUCCAGUCUGGUUCGUCAUGCUUCAGUUGCCAUGGACACAGCCAUUGAGAUUUCCUAUCAUUCCCUACAACUUGCCUCUCUCCCAAAACAUCCUCUCAUUAUGCGAAAAUCAUGCAAUAAAGUUUUCUUUUUCUAAUUAAAAUUUUGAUUUUUACAUUCCUGGGUUGCCCCUCCCACUCUUAUUUUGUUGUUUUCAGUUUAAACCCCUUCUCAGAGUUUCAGAGAGAAGAAAGCAGUGGAUCUGUCUCAUAGUAUGCCUAUACCAUUUUAUAGCUUUCUGACUACUUAUCAUGCUUCUCAGAUGGCUGAUUAGACAUAAGUUCUUACUUUGUACAUGUAAUGAACGUUGCUGGAGUUCUAGAUGAAAUAAAUAGAGCAGGAUUCCUAAUCUGAGAAGGUGGAUAACAUGUUGGUGCUUAGCUUCACAGUGGACAGUGGAACAAAGCACAUUAAGCAGGUCUUUAAAUAAAUAAUAAAAAAAAAGUUGGUGUGCCUCAUGAUGCAUAAAUGGGAUCUUGUACAGUAGCAUUUAAAGGGGUAGUUCAAUCUGUCUGUUAGGGUGGCCAGCAAUUAACGUUAAAUUAAGUCCACACGUCCAAUUUUGCACUGUUACAACUACAGAACUUGCAUAAUGGUUUCAUAGUACCCCAGUAUUUCAUAGAAGGUACUGAAUUGAAUAAAGUGUGUCAUUUGAGGUUAAAACGCCAAACUAGCCAUUUACUGCUAGUCAUUUCAGCAUGAAAUAUGCCCCAAUGUUAAAUUCUGAACAUUGCAACAUCAGCUUACUUUUUCUCUAAACCUAAAGGGAAAUUUCAAUGAUUUUUCAACAUUCCUUCAUAAUCAAAUCGAUAAGACGUAAACAUCCGCAGUGGGGGAGUGAAAAGAAUUCUUCCCAGUGUUGGUGAUGGGAGCCAGACAAGUGAAACCUUUUAAUGGUUCAAAGUUUCCCUCACAAAAAGCUAUUGCAUGGUUAAGAAUACAUCAUCUGAUGCCUCAGAUACUGUUUUACAAUAGCUUUAAGAUAAAGUUUUGGCCUAAUUUAUUUAUUUAUCCCCCCCUCCUUCAUGGUGCAGAGAUUCAUGCUGGGCACUUUAAGGUAAAAUAGUUCCUUUAGAAAACUUAUUUUUUCAGGUUUACUACUAAUUUGCCUUCAGCAUUACAUAUGAAAACUCAGGAUGGGUGUAGGUUCGCUGGUUGUUUUGGAUUGUAAAGAAAAAGACUACAUUUGUCCUGUAGAUAUUGUCACCGUUGCUUCCCGUCACCACCACUGUAAAGAAAUCAGUUUCUUUACAUCAAACCACUCUGAAUCCCUUCGUUUGCAUCUCCGCAGAAAUUUUGAAAAGUCGUUAAUUUCUCUUUAUAUCAUUUCCCUUUCUGGCCAAAGCCUUCAGAUUGUUGCUCUGUUGUCAGGUCUGAACCUAAUAAAACCUCAGGAGUUUGCCCCCCUUUUUCAUGAAUGUUUUGACCUUAUGUCGUCAGUGUUGGCGUAGACUGCCACAAUCAUUCCAUGCUUGACUUCCUGUUUCCGCUGCGAAUAGCAAAACUGUCCUGCUCUGCUAGCCAUGCGAAACCAGCUCUCUAGGGCACUAGCAUUGUCUAGACUGUACAAAUCAUGACUUUGUCACAAGCCAUGGCUCACUUGUGAACUGAUGGUCACUGGUGUCAGAAUAUGCAACUUUUCUGAGGUGGUCCAUGAGUGAAACCUAGCUUUUCCUUUGUGCAAAUGCCAUUUAUGAACUACUAUGUGAACACAUUCCCAAUGUGCUUUGUCCAAGUGUUUGUUGCCACAGUUUCCCCUGCACCCUCACUAAACUUGUCUUCACAUAGUUCAUUCCAGGAACUGAGAUGAUCGCAGGUGUUUUUGCAUCCUCUUUUUUUUUUUUUAAUAAAUCACUCCACCCGCAGAGACAAUACAGUACCUCUGCUGGUGUGCACAGUUUAGAUCAAAGGAUUUUCAUGGGAUUUCCUGCUGAGGAUGUCUGUAUCCAAAAGUGCUGAUUAACAAAGAAAGUAGGCUAGUGGAUGAACAGUAUAGAAGAAAGAUAUCGGUGCCAUUUUGUAGUGGUUCCAGUAGGUUCUAUGCAUUUUUAGCAAGGUUAGCAAGGUCUUUUUGGGAAAAGUAGAAACUUAAGAGUUGAUAUGCACAGAUGGGUUUAGGAAGUGUUUGAGAGAUAGGAGAGAUACAAUGUCCAUGUGAAUUGAUAGAUUAGCAUGAAAGGAUUAUCAAACAAAUGCCUUUUACCUUAGAAUUUAUUGCCUUGACAGUGGAUUUUGGUCCUUUAAACCACCUAAAUCCAUGCAGUUGGGCAAGUAUCACUGAAAUAUCUUAAAGAACAAGGCUGUCUCAGUGAUCUGUGGGCUUUUGGCAUGUUCAUUUUCCACGAUCAGGUGAAUAAGACUCAAUGUCCAGCAGCUGUCUUAGUGGUUUUGCAUACACCAGUAAGGCCUUAUGUAUGGGAACCUCUGCUUUGUUUGUUAGUGUGGGUGGAAUAAGCCCUUGUCCACUGGUUCUAGUCUACUUCACUUAACUGUCUUAAGACGGUGCAGGUUGGCAUUUGUGAAAGGCAGCAUUGUUUGUGUGUCAGGGUGAAAGUGCUUAUGUUGGAAUGAUGGAGUAUUGUAGGUGGUAAGGAAUACAGAUUUAAAGUGAUUCCUGUAGGUUGGAUAGAAUCUAGAAAGCUUAGUGUAUGGGAUUCCAUUUAAUGCUGUAAAUAACUUUUUUUUUUUUUUUUUUUUUUUUUUUUUUUAAUUUCAAAAUUUUCUUCCUGACCCCCAGACCGCAUAAGAAAAUGCAUCAAAGACCAAACAGUAAAAUAUUAAAAAUUUAAAAGAAAUACUGUUUUGUGGGUAUUUGUACUGUUUUCUUUCCCAUUCAUUCUGUUUCAAGCAUCAGAGAAUCUCAAUGGCUAUCAGAAAAAUAAAUAUUAACUGUUGAA